CCCGUAUGCUUCAGAGAUCGUCAUGAUUCUAAAAAAAACGGAGACUGGCGUAUGUGUAUAGAUUACCGUCCCUUAAACAAGUUUACCAUAACCGACAAGUAUCCACUUCCGAAACUUUCUGAACUUAUUCGUUCCCUUAAGGAUUCAAAGUUUUUUGUGGCUCUAGAUUUACGCGGUGGAUGCUGGCAAAUACCGAUGGCGGAUAACUCUAUCCAAUACACCGCGUUUCGCACUUCUACUGGUCUAUAUGAAUUUAAGGUCAUGCCUUUCGGGUUAACAAACGCGCCGGCCACAUUUCAACGAAGCAUGAAUUUCUUACUAGAUGAUUUACGUUAUUCAGGAGUUCUGGUUUAUUUGGAUGAUAUACUGAUUCAUGCCCCAACUUUGCAAGAACUGCUCCAAUUAGUUGAUGAAGUUUUCGAGAGGCUGCUGAGAGCUGGUUAUACCAUCAAUUUGGAAAAAUGUCAAUUCCUGCCAACUACGCUGUUGUACCUGGGUCACAUAAUCGAGGAAGGAACUAUCCGUCCUAAUCCCAAGAAGAUUGAAGCAAUUCAACGCCUUCAAGCCCCAACCACGACACAAGGAAUUCGUUCCCUCCUUGGCAUGACCGGAUUCUUACAAGCUUUUAUUCCGAACUACUCUGAGAUAGCGGCACCAAUUACCGAUCUAUUAAAAGGUACACCUAAUAGAACGAAGAAGAUAGUCACGAUCAAAUGGACGUCACGAUGUGAAGAUGCGUUAAACAGACUUAAAGAACUUGUAAUCGAUGCUGUUUUAGCACAGCCGUUGGACGCCGAUAAAUAUCUGUUGGAAGUAGAUGCUUCAAGUUAUGCGAUCGGAGGCGUAUUGAAACUUUCUCGAGCCAAUGAAUGGUUACCAGUUCAUUAUAUUAGUCGUAAGUUAAAUACCACCGAACAAAAUUGGCCUAUCCGAGAGAAAGAAGCAUUUGCAAUCAUUUAUUGUUGA